AUGCAAUCCGACCUCGAGAAACGAUCGAACACUGCGCGGUUCAAGAUCUUGUGCCUUCACGGAAUAGGAACAAACAGCGAGAUUUUUGAGGCACAAACAGCCGGUCUAAGAUACCAGCUGGGGGAAGACUUUGAGUAUGAGUUUGUUGACGGGGGGUAUGAUUGCCCUGCAGCCUCCGGUAUCCGUGAGAUCUUCGGUGAUGAGAUUUGUUAUUCCUACUUUGAUAGCUCGGCAGACAGUGUCAUGGAGGCUGUCCAGGAUCUCUACGCUUACACAAACGAGAACGGUCCAUUUGACGCAGUGAUGGGAUUUUCCCUCGGCGCUGCCCUGGCAGUCAAGCUUUUGCUUCAUUUUGAUCGGCUCCAGACUGCAGGAGGCCAAGUCCAGACCUGUCCACCUUUCAAAUGCGCCAUCCUUCUGUGCGGGAUUUUACCGUACAACUUGACUGAACUCGAGAGGGGACGAAAACAGGUUCUUCACCCUGGGGACCAGGGUAACCUCGUUCGGAUUCCCACCGUGCAUGGCUGGAGUCCAACGGAUGUGGACUAUGCGGAACAAAGUCGCCUGCUGAUGCAUAUGUGUGAACCCGCCAAACGGGUCGAGAUAGCGCAUUCCGCGGGACACAGUGUACCCAGCCGGGGAGAGGAGUUGAACAAACUGGCGCAGGCAAUUUGCAGCAUGAUGGGAAGUGUGUGCAAGACCGAGAUGUAA